AAAUGGCGCCUAAAUUUGAUCCUACUGAAAUUAAAAUUAUUUAUCUUCGUUGUGUUGGAGGUGAAAUUGGUGCGACUUCUGCUUUAGCACCAAAAGUUGGACCGUUAGGAUUGUCGCCAAAGAAAAUUGGAGAAGACAUUGCAAAGGCGACCCAAGACUGGAAAGGCUUAAAGGUUACUUGCAAAUUGACUAUCCAAAACCGAAUUGCCAAAAUCGAUGUUGUGCCGUCUGCCGCUUCUCGAAUUGUGAAGGAAUUGAAGGAACCUCACCGAGACCGCAAAAAAGUCAAACACGUAAAACACAGUGGAAAUUUGACGAUCGAGCAAAUUAUCAACAUUGCUCGACAAAUGCGACCUCGUUCAAUGGCGAAAAAAUUAGAAGGGACUGUUAAGGAAAUUCUUGGCACUGCACAAUCUGUUGGGUGUACUGUUGAUGGGCAACAUCCGCAUGAUAUUGUUGAUGCAAUCCGAGGUGGAAAAAUUGAAAUUCCUGAAGAGUAG